ACAGUCUGUGUAUAAGUCACCCUGACUUUGUGUAUAAAUAUAUUGUUGAGAGGAUAAUACUAUGUAGACCUUUCCUCUGACUAAAUGUUUGCUUUCAUGUAGUAAACUACAUGUUCAGUACAUCUGCCAUGAUUCUGCUUUUCAUGUGGAGCAUGUUUUUGUCUGGUUUCCGUUUACCUAUUAGGCAUACCCGAGCAUGAAGCCCCAUCAAACGCCGCCACAAAUACAUUUGACAUAACAAACAUGAGCCCACCUUCGCUAGACACUAGCAACUUCCCAAGUAGCCUUAGAGAGGCCCUUGGGAGUCAAGUUCCCCUCCAUCCAAGGGAGAGAAGGGACUUGGUGAGGCGGGUGGCAGACAAUUUGUUAAACCUGUAUUCGAGACCGAAGAGAGAGGAGAUACGCAGCACAGCUGCACAAAUUGUAGCUGCGUAUCCCCUCUCUCUUCAAGAUAGGAAGUUAGAUGGGGGGCUGCUGGGAAGAGGUUAUGACUCUUUUUUCCAGCAGCUGGAAAACCGAAUCGAAAAUUUAAAUCGCGGCAAGCGAUCCGCAUCGCCUACAGCAGGAGUUUCGGGCUCCAAAGUGAGAAAAUGGGCGUAUGGCUGUGCUAACUGGCAGCCAGUCCGUAGGUUUGAGCCCCCAAAUGACACCCAAGAAAAAAUACAAUUCAUGAAACAAGAAGGAAGGAAAAACUACAAAGAAAUUAAUAUGACACUUGCAACACAGUACAUGCAGGACACAUACAUAGAACAAAGAACAUUCAUUAAUACAGAUCCAUGUCCACACACAUCGAAAGUGAAGGAGGAGUGGCCACUUCUCUUCAUCACCCCUUGCUUCUACAAGCACGCGGACCAACUUCUCGGGAAGGAUGUGAAGGCCACGUUUCGUGAAAGAAUGCUGGAAUGUGCGCCACAACUAAUGCAUCUGAUGGAGCUAACUCCAAGAAAGGACACCAUGCACAUGGUCGUGCAUGUGCAAGACCACAAAAAUGAAAAUGAGGAAGCAGUUCAGGUGGCUGUGCUUCCCCUUCUGUGUGCCCACUUCAAAGACGACGAGAAGUGCCUUUUUCAAGUCUUUGAGGAGGGCACCAGUCUUGUGGGGGAGCUUGGUCAGCUACCUUCAACUCCUACCAUCGUCGUACUAGGUAGGUUCCAAUGCAGAUAUUAAUGUCCACUGAUCCUUGUAUAAAGAAGUUAAGUAGCCAACAAGUCCCGAUUACACUGAACCCAAAAGAACCCAAAGCAAGCACAAAAGAGCGCAAAGUGUCAACAAUGGUAUUGAGACCCCCAGUGCUUGGGUGGGGCUUGCGUUCCGGAACCUAAAGCUCUCUAGUGACUGGAUCUGCAAUUCUUUGAUUGUCCUAAGCACCUUCCUAUUACUUCACGGCCUUUUGUUGAAAUAGAAGUAUUUUUCUAUUAUUGUCAUCAUGAGCAUUUUCAUGUUUGUGGCAAAAAUGAGACCAGGGCCACGUGUGUUUCUAGAAUUUAGUUGUGCUUCUUGAAGCUAACAGUGGAAGCACUUUGGAGCCAUAAAAGUUAUAUUCAUGUCCAAGGCAGUCUUACAAUUUAUGUGUCAUUUGUGGGAUGCUGACACAGAAGUUGAAGGAUAGCUGUUAGUCUAGUCUUGAAAUACACAAAGAAUGAAAGUGUUUAACAAUUGUUAUUAGGAAUUCAU